CUAUGCGUAGUUCUAACUUCCAUCUAAUGCUCUCGGCCAAAUCUGUCUGACUCGGCGGUCCAACGCAGACAGCUUCAUCAUCGCUCUAGUUCACUGUUCGAUUCAUCUUUCACCGAACGAUGGCCCUCAAUUAAGCUAACAGGUCCAUUAUGAAAUGUUGUCCAAACAAGCAGCGCGAACGGACUCCUAAAACCAUGUUUCAUAGUUUGCCCAAGAAAGCUAAGGUAACAACGGGAUCUUACUGCUUCCUGUCCACUAAGCCAUCCACUGAGGCGCCAUCAACAUUACUAACCAAAGCAACCAAGCCUAUGUCUGAACAGAUGGACCAUGUCAAAGUGCACGCCGUUAAAGUUCUCCCUCGCAGGGCUUGCUAUUUGGCGACACCUGCCUGCAUUAUCUUCACCGGAACUCUGACAAAGUACAAUAUCCAAAGCCCCAAUGCUCCUGCCGCCCUCAACUCUGCGUUGCCUCGCUUUUUCACCCAACAUCCCUCUCCAGUGGGAAGUCGUGGGCCGCCCGGUGUCAUGGCCAUGAAAAACAUGGCAUGCCCCAGUCUGGCUGAUCUGCCUGUGGCGCUGCCGCCGAUCGACCCUCACGCGCCAGUCACACACACAUCGGGGCAACAGGCAUAUAACUUAAUGGAAGGGGCGCUGGAUACCUGCCCCACCUGCAAGUACCUUCCUUACCUUACCCACCUUGCCUUACCUUACCCACCCGCCUGCCACUUCUUCCAUGGACCGCACUCUGUCACCUGGGCGAUCGUCACAGCUGGCUGCUUCCCAAGCUGGGUGGACAGCCCAGAGAUUAGCUCCCAGGCUCCCGACCGAGCGAAUAUCUGUCUUGGCAUCAUCGCAAACGCGCCCACCGCCAAAGCAGCGGGAAAAUUUGCGUCAGAGCUGCUCGACGACGACGCGCUGCAUGACUUCCGCAUCCAAGCAAGAGGCCGUCGUCUAAAGCAGCUUUCAUCCGCCGACAGCAAACGACACCAAAAGCAACUGGAAUAUCUCGACGCGCUCGAAUCGCUGUGGCAGGCUGGCGGCCUCCUUGAAGAAGCAAUCCACGCCGAUGCGAAAGGGAUUCGUCGGCUGCGCGUCUCGGAUCUUCGAAAUUUGAAAAAGACCUUUCUCGGGCAGGCGGACAGCGGCCCUCAGACAGAGACCUCGACACCCACACGCCCGACGUCUAUUACACCUGCCUCUAGAUUCAAUACACCAGAAAGAGCAAGAGGAGAUCCGAGCGACAGAUUGCCAGCACAGGAGUUGACUAACACUCCAGUUGAUCCCGACUUUGACCCCUUGGACGAAACCACUUCCCAGCCUCCCAAUCACUGCCGAGCCUUCAACGACACCACCUCCCAGUCUCCAAGUCAAGGCCGAGAAGGCGACAUCCCGAAUUUCUCGGACGUUGAAUACGAGCAACUAAGCUUCGACCUGGGUGGAAACUCGCCGGAGCCCAGCGACAACGACGAUGACAUGGCUCCUACACGCUCAACCGGGGGCAGACCCUCUCCAAGUUGGCAAACGAGGUUGAAAGAAGUUGUUUUCGCGCCAGAAAUGGAUGUCAAACCCGAAGACAUGAUGUCUAUCGUCCCCAGCAUGGUCGAAGCCGAUGGUGACUUGGCAUCAUAUGGUACCUCAAAAGCCGGCCGCGUCUUCGACUUCCCACUCCCACUCGGUCAUCAACUUCUCGAAAUUCAAAAGUACGAUAAGAUCGUUCUUCUCCUUCACCAUGGUCAGACAGAUGGACAAUGGACCUGUCUGCAUGUUGUGAACUAUUCGGCUGGCACCCGGAAUUUGGUCGAUGCCUGUCAUAUCGACUGCGUUCCUGACGGACAACGGAUGGACAUGGUCGAAGGCUUUAGACCUUCUCCCGAAGAAGCCGGCUCGCCCGACCCUGCCGGUGAAUCCAAAAGGCGCUUCCUUGAGCAUUGGACUUCCAAGGUAGCGGCUGAAGACGCGUGUGCCAAAGCUACCGGUCUCAUUCCUCGGCUCGAGAAGCGAAGGAGAAGGCUGAGCGCAAGUCAAAAAGAUCUAACGCACGCAUCGUCAGCAGCGUUGAACGACGUGUCACGCCACAAGGUGACCAAACUGUGGGCAUCCAAGGUGGCCUCGCUGCAGGAGGACCACGACGACCAGGACUCGGACGUGGAGGAUAUGACUAUUCGCGAGGCCACCGCUGCCUUUGUCGAGCGCCUCCGUGCCGCAGGAUACAACGGAGAGAGUGUCGAGAAGGCGACAAAAGACGUCAAUACCGCUGCGGAACGUGCGAAGAAGCUCACAUGCGAUUUGAGCGCCGUGUGCAGCUCGGCGGAAAAGGUCAAUGCGGCAAUGACGGCCCUUGAGAAGUGCAAAAAGCAGCAAGAAGUGCUUCGGGCAGCAAUCACGGCGGUCGGUCUUUUGGACCCGGAAGACUGGGUUGGGAAAGACGAAAUCGAUCUUGUCGUAAAGGAGAUGGCGGAGGAGACCCAAGAGGAGGAUACCUAG